CCGUGAUACUCACUUUAUAAGACUAUACAAAUUGAAUAAUCUAAGAAGAAAAAAAAUAAAGCACUAUGUCAAAUGUGACACAGUUGCUGUUUUUCCUUACGGUCCUCCAACUCCCGCAUCUAUAUCUGACAGAUGAGGUGCGAUCUAUUCCUUAUGACUGGAACACACCAAAAGGACUCCAAAUUUCUAACAAUCCAUUCAGUCCUAGUCGGAAUCUUUUAAAGGCCAUUCAGCAGAAUCGUGGGAUAAAGAGUUUUGCAGGUGAAGGUGAAGAUGGGAUACCGUUGAAAAAUAGUCUGGAACAACCUGAUAUAACCAAUAUCCUUUCUAACGAUCCACCUAUUACAGGUUCCUAUAGGAAAUCAUCUAUGUCGAGAAGAAACCAACCAAACGUCAACAAUUAUGCACAAAAUAAUUUGAUGUCAAAUUUUGAAUCAGCAACACCUCAUAAUGGCGAUGAUUCCAGACCAAAUGGCAUAAACUUUGAAGUAGAAAAUGGAUUUCAGGGUGCAGGUACAUAUAAUCCACUGAUGAACCCACAUUUGGCGCGCAACAGAAAUCUACCAAGGCCACCAGCAAGGUUUAGAAAUUCCAUUCGAUCACCCUCGGCUCCACUAAUCCAUAAUGGGGGUUUAAGGAAUCAGCCACUCCCACGUACAAAUCAGAAUUUUCCAUCACAACCAACGAAGAUGCGUACGAUAUUUGAAAAGUUCACACAACCUGAACCUCUAACUCAACCUCCUGACCUUGAAGAAUUUAUUCCCUUACCAUUCCAAUCACCGCCUCCUCGAAACAAAGGUGAUUUACCUCGGCAUAUACCAAUGUCAUUCCCGCCACCUUCUCCUGCUUAUAAGGAGCGCUUACAACGUCAAGCACCCAUCUCAUUCCCACCACUUCCAUUCAGAAAUAGAGGCCACUUUCCUCGUCGUGUGCCCUUGCAAUUUCCACCACCACCAUAUAGAUAUAAAGGACACUUUCUUCGGCGUGCACCUUUUCCAUUCCCACCACCACCAUUCGGAUUUAGAGGAUACUUUCCUCGACGUGGACCUUUACCAUUCCAACCGCCGCCAUUUGGAUUUAGAGACCACUUUCCUCGAGGUGUACCGUUUCCAUUCCCACCACCACCACCAUUCAGAUUUAGAGGCCACUUUCCUCGCCGUGUACCGUUUCCAUUCCCACCACCACCACCAUUCGGAUUUAGAGGCCACUUUCCUCGACGUGCACCGUUUCCAUUUCCAUCCCCGCCAUUCGAAUUUAGAGGACACUCUCCACAACAUGCACUGUUUUCAUUCCCACCACCACCAUUUGGAUUUAGAGGCCACUUUCCUCGCCGUGUACCAUUUCCAUUCCCACCACCACCACCACUCGGAUUUAGAGGUCACUUUCCUCGACGGAUGCCCUUGCCAUUUCCACCACCACCAUUUGGAUUUAAAGACGACUUUCCUUUUCGAGCCCCUUUGCCUUUCCCACCACCACCUUCUCGAUAUAGAGGCCACUUACCUCGCCAUGUACCAUUACCAUUUCCAACACUGCGAUUUGGUAACAUAGGGCCUUUUCCAAGAUCUAUGCCCAAGCCAUUAACACCAUCACCUAUUAGAUAUAGGGAAGAAUUACCCCUUAGGGUAAACUCGCCUUUUCUCAUACCGCCACCAAUUAAUAGAAGAUACUUUCCUCCUCAUGCAAUGCCCCUUUUUCCAAGAAGAUCACCAAAAAUACCUCAACAGCUGAUUGAUGACCCAAUUUUCUCAUUUGAUAUGGCACCUUUUAAAAGAUCACCCAAUCUUCCAUUUCAUUUGCAAAUGAGGGAAGGUUUAUCUCACAGAAAGUUAGAGGAUCCACUUUUUCGGCCAUUAAAACAUAGUCGACCUUUCUUUGGUGAUUCUCUACCCGGACUACGACCUAAUCAAGACUCAAGGCCACCGAAUUCCUCGCCGUAUGCAUCACGUGACGAUUUUCAACUACCAUUUGAUUUCGAGCGUCCCUUUCAAGGCCCACAACUUACUCUUUAGUUAUAGAUUGAUGUAUAAUAUUAUUUGAGCUUGCUUUGUAUUUAGUAGUUUUCCCCCAAAAUUGCUCACUAGCUAGGAAGUGCAUGUAGCUUCUAGAGAAAGAAAUCCAUAGAGACGCCAUGUUCCAGGUUCAUGUAGUUGUUUGUGUAUGUUGCAAAUGAAUUCAAUAUCUUUUAGGUUAAAAAAAUUAUGUAUGUAAAGAUUUUCAAUGGUUCAUAAUUAUUAUACUGUACUAGCUCUUUGAAAAUUCUUUGUAUUGGUGUUGAAUUGCUUGUAUAUGUCUUUGUGAUUGUGUGUUCGUAUUUUUAUUGAAAACAGGUUAAUUAAACUUUAUAUU